AAGAAAAAGAAUAAGAAAAAGAAAUCAUACGACGACAAAGGAGAAGAAGGGGAAUCGAAGUAUCGUUCGGCGGGACACAUGACUUAAUCGGAUCAGUUCAGUUUCAACGUCUUAAGCGAGAAGGGAGCAUUGGUUUUAUUAUCGUCAGUAACAUGGAUUCAGCUUGGUUAAGAUAUCAAUUUACACAAGAAUCAUCGGUCAUAUCAGCAUACAAUGGUAAUAAUCCAUUUCCAAGAAGACCAUGGCUUCAAAACGGUCCGGUUGCGGCUGCUGUCGGUGAAACUAGUAUCGGCCUCAAAGGAAUCAUAGCUGGUGGUAUUACUGGUGGUAUAGAAAUUUGUGUCACAUAUCCGACUGAAUAUGUAAAAACACAGCUACAAUUGGAUGGUAAAAGCGGAGCUAGUAAACAAUACACAGGAAUAUGGGAUUGUGUAACAAAAACUGUAAAGACUCGUGGAUUCUUUGGAUUAUAUAGGGGUCUAUCUGUCCUUCUUUAUGGAUCUAUUCCAAAGUCAGCAGUACGUUUUGGUGCUUUUGAGUCAAUAAAGAAAAGAUUGGUUGAUGAUGAUAAAAAACUGAGUGCUCAAAGAAAACUUUUGUCAGGACUUUGCGCUGGUGUAUGUGAAGCUAUUCUUGUAGUGACUCCUAUGGAAACUGUCAAAGUAAAAUUUAUUAAUGAUCAAAGAUCGCCAAAUCCAAAAUAUAAAGGAUUUUUUCAUGGUAUAACAUUGAUAGUUAGAGAAUAUGGAUUUAAAGGAGUAUACCAAGGUGUUGUGCCUACUAUUUUGAAACAAGGUUCUAAUCAAGCAAUUCGAUUUUUUGUAAUGGAAACAUUAAAAGACUGGUACAAAGGUGGUGAUGAUAAUAAAAAUGUUCCUAAAGUUAUUGUUGGUGUCUUUGGUGCAUGUGCUGGAGCAGCUUCAGUUUUUGGAAACACUCCUAUUGAUGUUGUAAAAACUAGAAUGCAAGGUUUGGAGGCAUCAAAGUAUAAAAGCAGUAUAGACUGUGUUAUCCAAGUUUGGAAAAAAGAAGGUCCAUUUGCUUUUUAUAAAGGCACUAUUCCAAGAUUAGGCAGAGUAUGUUUGGAUGUUGCUAUAACAUUCAUGAUUUAUGAUUCAUUUAUGGAUCUGUUUAAAAAGCUUUGGCCAUGAGAAAACUUAUAUUUAUAGAAUUUUUAUUUCUUUAUAUUAUUGUCAGUGAUAUUUCAUGUGAACCUCAUGAGCAUGUUUGCGUAAUACGUUCGUAUAGUAAUCAUUGAAUUUUCUUUUUUUACAGUAUAUUAAUUAUUGUACAGAGAUAUAUAGUUAUUUCGAUAUAUUUGUUUCAAUUAUAUUUUAGUAGAAGAAUUUAAAAAAAUCAAAAUAUCUACUGAAUUUACUGCACAAAAUACAUUUUAUAUAUAUAUAUGUAUAUAUGUGUGAAUGUAUAUAUAUAUAUUGUGUGUAUAUAUAUAUAUAUAUUUAUAUAUAUAAACCAAACAUAUAUUAUAGCACAAAGUUAUAUUAAUUUAAAGAAGAUAUAUAUUUUGCAUUUGAUAUGCGCUUUAUAUUUGAGAUAUAUUAGAAAAAAUAUUAUACAUUGAUAAUUUAAAUAAUACAUAAACAUUCCAUGAUAUUAAUACACAUGUAUUUACGUGCGUAUGCGUCUGAGUAUAUUGUAAAAAUGUCUGUGCCAGAAAAAAUGAUAUGUAUGUUUAAAUAGAGAAUUUGUAUACAUUAAAAAUUAAUUUUAUAAGUAUGUGCACAGUUUUAUACUUAGAGAAAAUGUUUCAAGAUGUAUUAAAUAAUGUAUAUAUAAUCCAAAGGCAGUUUUACAAAAAACGUAGACUUCAACGAAAUAAAAGAGACUAUAAGUUUGCGUAAAUGACGCAAAUGUAUUUAAUAAAACUUCAGGUAUUGAUAUUUCACAAUUGACAUUUUAAUUGUAAUAUAUUACAAUUAUUAAUUAAAAUAAUAAUGUCUUAUUAUAUACGAGUUAUAUUGUUUAACAAAUAUAAUCGCAUAUGCCACAUGAGA